AUGCAAUCCAACACACCCAUCGCCAUCGUCGGAAUGAGCUGCCGGUUCGCUGGCGACGUCGACAGUCCAGAGAAGCUCUGGAAACUUGUUUCCGAAGGCCGCAGCGCAUGGUCGGAGAUUCCUAAAAACCGCUUCAACAUUGACGGGUUCCUUCAUCCAAAUUUUGAGAAGCUCAAUGGGACCAAUGUGGCAGGAGGCCACUUCCUCGAGGAAGACGUCGGCUUGUUCGACGCCAAUUUCUUUAAUUUGUCGGCGGAGACUGCAGCGGCACUAGAUCCUCAGUUCAGACUGCAACUGGAGUCCACAUAUGAGGCGCUGGAAAGCGCUGGAAUCACCCUUCAGGAUGUCGCCGGCUCCAACACUUCUGUCUUUGCCGGCUCAUUUUUUCGCGACUACUAUGAGAGUCUGAUCAGAGAUCCCGACGCCCUGCCCAGGUUUCUACUGAUGGGCACAGGGGCAGCCAUGGCCUCCAAUCGCCUGUCACACUUUUUCGAUCUGCGAGGACCGAGCAUGUCAGUCGACACGGGCUGCUCGACCACCUUGACUGCGCUGCACCAAGGAUGCCAGAGUCUUCGGACCGGUGAAUCGGACAUGUCCAUUGUGGGCGGUGCAAACAUCAUGUUCAACCCGGACAUGUUCCUGGCCAUGUCCUCGAUGACCCUGAUUUCCAAGGAUGGCAGGUCCUAUGCAUUUGACAGCCGCGCCAAUGGAUAUGGUCGCGGGGAGGGGUCAGCCACCAUCAUCCUCAAGAGGCUCGACGAUGCCUUGCGGGAUGGUGAUCCGAUCCGGGCCAUCAUCCGGGAGACAGGCGUGAACCAGGACGGCAAGACGGAAACUAUCACCACACCCAGCGGCGAGGCGCAGGAAGCGCUUAUUCGCGCUUGUUACAAGAAGGCAGGCCUCGAUCCUUCCCAGACGACCUACUUUGAAGCCCACGGAACUGGCACACCAACGGGCGAUCCCAUCGAGGUCAAAGCCAUCUCGUCGGUUUUCCAAGACACUCGACCAAGCGAUGACCCAUUGAGAAUCGGAUCAGUCAAGACCAACAUCGGCCACACAGAAACGGCAAGCGGAGUUGCGGCCAUCAUCAAGGUCGCACUGGCGCUCGAGAAGGGUCAGAUCCCGCCCACUGUCAACUAUGAGAAGCCGAAUGAGAAGCUGCGUUUGUACGACUGGAAGUUAAAGGUCCCCACUGAACUCGAGCCCUGGGAUGGAAAGGAGGGCGUGAGGCGUGCGUCUAUCAACAAUUUUGGCUAUGGCGGAUCCAACGCUCAUGUUAUCAUGGAAGACUUGGAUUCCUUCACUGGUUCCCAACCCCUUCAGCAGGCUGCCAAUCUCGACAAUGCCAGCAGCCGGUCACGACGGAGCAGCAGUGCUCUCGAGUACCUGCCCCGGCGCCGAGUGUUCGUCUUGAGUGGCAAAGAUGAGAGAGCUACCCAGGCCAUGGUCUCCAAUCUCAAGGACUACUUGCUCAACACCAAGAUCACGGAUGAAGAUGGUUUCCUCGACAACCUUGCCUACACUCUGGGCCACCGUCGCUCGCGGUUCCCGUGGAUCACGUCGGUUUCUGCUGACACGGUCGAGGCCCUGAUCAAGAUUCUCGAUUCCCCAAAGGCAAAGCCUGCCAAGGCAGCAAUCGCUUCUCCCAGGGUAGGAUUUGUUUACAAUGGCCAGGGCGCGCAGUGGUGGGCGAUGGGCAGGGAGUUGAUUGAGGUCUACCCCGUGUUCAAGGCCGCGUUGCUCGACUGCAACAAGCAUCUAGAGAAACUCGGGGCAACUUGGAACAUGAUUGAGGAGCUAAACCGAGAUGCCGACACCUCCAAGGUCAAUCAGCUGGACUACAGUACUCCCGUGUGCGUUGCCGUCCAGAUCGCCCUCACAAACCUGCUCCGGGCUUGGGGUGUCACCCCCACAGCAGUCACGAGCCAUUCGAGCGGAGAGAUUGCCGCCGCUUAUGCGGCCGGUGCUCUCGAUCUCCAGUCGGCCAUGGCCAUCGCUUUUGCGCGUGGAGGCCUCGCUUCGGAGAGCAAUCGUCAGAUUGCCCGUCAGGGGGGCAUGAUGGCAGUGGGGCUUGGAGUCGAGGCCAGUCGGCGAUUUCUCUCUCGCGCCACCACCGGCAAGGUCGUCGUGGCCUGUGAGAACAGUCCCAACUCUAUUACUCUUUCCGGCGAUGUCUGUGGUCUCGAGCAGCUCGAAAGGAUGUUCCAGCAGGAGAAUAUCUUUGCGAGACGCCUCAAGGUGGACGCUGCCUGGCACUCGCAUCAUAUGGAGGCUGUUGCAGAAGCCUAUCACAGCGCUAUGGACAAGAAGGUUCGGUCGCCGCAGGAUCAUCUCGACUUCAUCUUCUCGUCGCCGUCGACUGGAACACGGAUGGAGGAUGCCCGCGAGAUUGGAAGCCCUGCUCAUUGGGUACGCAGUCUGACAGGACGCGUUCAGUUUGUCGACGCAUUCCGCAACAUGUGCUUCGACACCCCCGGCGCCGAGUUGUCUGUCGACAUGGUGAUCGAGGUUGGUCCACACGCGGCUCUCUCCGGGCCCAUCCAAGAGAUAUUACGCAUGCGCGAGUUCAAUGGCGUUGUCAUUCCAUACGAGAGCUGCCUCGUCAGAAAGAAGCAUGCGGUUGAGACCAUGCAUACACUCGUUAGCAGUCUCAUCCAAAAGGGCUACCCAGUCAACCUUGCACCUGUCAAUUUGCCCUAUGGCCGAGAAGGUAUCAAGGUGCUUCACGAUCUUCCCAGAUACCCCUGGAAUCAUCAAACCCGCCAUUGGAUCGAGCCACGAUUCAACAAGGCCCUUCGCCAUCGCCAAGAACCGCCUCACGAUCUUCUUGGGUCUCUUGUUCUCGGAACAGAUCUCAGUGCGCCCUCCUGGAGACACAUUGUUCGCAUGAGCGACAUUCCGUGGGUUAGGGACCACGUUGUCCAAUCCAAUGUGAUCUAUCCAGCAGCCGGUUACAUCUCGAUGGCCAUCGAGGGCAUGGCCCAACACGCAGCGAGGCAAGGGCGCAAGGGCAGGGUUCUAGGCUACCAACUGCGAGAUAUCGACAUCCUUAACGCCCUGGUUGUGCCCGAGACAGCUGACGGCAUCGAGCUUCAGCUGUCAUUUCGGCCAUGCAGCGAAAAGGUCCUGGACAUUAAGGGAUGGACGGAGUUCAACGUGCAGUCUGUCAGCUCAGAUAACAUCUGGAUGUACCAUUGCAAAGGUCUGAUCUCGGUCGAGCACUCAUCUGGGGAUGAGAUGGGCUUUUGCCAAAACGCUUUGCCGGGUCAUGGGUUCAAGCUCGCCCAUCCCAUGAACGAGUCCGCCUACAGAACCCGGGUCAGCCCACAAGACAUGUAUGCUGGCCUGCGAUCAGGUGGCAUCUGCCACGGGCCCAUCUUCCAAAACAUCAAGAGCAUUCGAACUCGGGGUCAGCAAUCUGUGACAUCCUUCACAGUGGCCGACUCCAAAGCGACUAUGCCCAAGCACCACCAACACGACCAUGUCGUCCAUCCCACCACGCUCGACUCCGUUUUCCAAGCUGCCUACACUGCCAUCCCCGAUUCGAGCAAUGUUCGACAGACGCCCAAAGUGCCAAAGACUAUCAGCAAGCUUUGGGUCUCCCAUGAUAUCAACGCCCAGGCUGGACAUUUCUUCAAGGCUUACACCAACCUGAGCCACAUCGACAACCAAUCCAUGACAACGGGGCUCACGGUCUUUGAAAGCCCAGCAAAUGAGAUGAUUGAGUCGAUCGCGCCUGUUAUCACGAUUGACGGUUUCGUUUGUCAAUCCAUCGGAACCGCCCCGGUUCAGCAGACAGACUCAUGGGAACAAGACAAGUUUACUACAACUCAAUGGGUUCCGGACAUUGGCCUUCUCAAGGAGGCAUACUUGAAGGACAAUCUCAGCAGUCAUAUCUCGGACCAAGAGAGAGACACCUUGAUGGAUCUACGCCAAGCAUGUCUGUUUUUCAUUCACGACGCUCUGGCUGAGCUCACGGCAGCUGACAUCAAACGGUUGGAACGGCAUCAGAGGAGGUUCUACAUUUGGAUGGGGCAUCAGGCUGAGCUAGCCCGCACGAAUCAGCUUGCCCCUGACAGCAGCCGGUGGAUCAAGGCUCCGCUCAAAGAAAAGCUGGCAUUGUUUGAGAAAGUCAGGUCAGGCAGCACCAACGGCGAGAUGGUAUGCAAGCUGGGCCCCCAUAUCGUGCCAAUCCUUCGCAGCGAGAUCACAGCUCUGGAAGUGAUGCUUGAAAAGGACUUGCUCUCUCGCUACUAUCUGGAUGCUCUCAAAUGGGGACGAACCAAUGCGAAACUUGGAGAGCUGGUCAAGCUCUACGCGCAGAAGAACCCGCGAGCCAAGAUGAUUGAGAUAGGGGCGGGAACUGGAGGGGCGACAAGCCAUAUCCUGCAGGGACUUGGAAACAGCAAGGAAGGGACCGGCCCCAAUGUCGGCUCAUACGACUUCACGGAUGUGUCUUCUGGUUUCUUCGAAGCUGCCAAAGAGAAAUUCCAGGACUGGAACAACGUGGUCAAGUACAAGAAGCUCGACAUCGAGCAGGAUCCAAUGAAGCAAGGGUUUGAAGAGGGGGGCUAUGAUGUGGUGAUAGCAUGCCAGGUUCUUCAUGCCACAAAGUCGAUGAACAACACCAUGGCGAAUGUGAGAAGACUCUUGAAGCCUGGCGGCAAACUAUUCCUGAUGGAGACAACCAAGGACCCAGUUGAUUUGCAAUUCGUCUUUGGAUUUCUUCCAGGCUGGUGGCUCAGCGAAGAGGAAGAGCGCAAGUUCAGCCCUUCACUUACCAUCCCCAUGUGGGACCGCGUCCUCAACCGCACAGGUUUCUCCGGAAUCGACGCUGAGAUCCGAGACUGUGACGAUGACGAUCUCUACGCAUUCAGUGUCAUGAUGUCGACGGCUGCCACCGGUCCGCCCAAGUUCGACUUUGACAUUGCUUUCGUCACAGCCAAACCAACUACGCCGAACCCCUGGCUUGACCAACUCGGCGUUUCUAUUGGUCUUCUUACGUGGACGGUGCCAACCGUACAUUCAUUGGACUCUGUCACUGCCGAUGACAACAGAGUUUGUAUCUUUGUGGAUGAUUCAGAAAGCCCCAUUCUCGCCAGUGCCGAUCGCGCAGAGUUCGAGGGCCUCAAGACGCUUUCCACGAGAUCCAAGGGUGUCCUAUGGCUAACUCAAGGUGGGGCUAUGGACUUCAAAACACCUCACGCUGGCCUUGCGGCCGGAUUUCUCCGAUCCCUUCGUCAAGAAUAUGUUGGCAAGCGGCUGGGGACUCUGGACCUCGACCCAACAAGACCCCUUUGCUCCGCAGAAUCAGUGAGCUCCAUCACCCAAGUCUUCCGCAGCUUCUUCAACUACUCAGACCUCGAAGCUGCUUCCGACUUUGAGUUCGCAGAGAGAAAUGGUGUCAUUUCGGUUCCCAGAUACAUCAAGGAUGUUUGCCGAAACAACAAUGUCUUCCGUCGCCCAGCCGAGCAGUCUGUACAUCCACUGGAGCCAUUCAUACAACAGGACCGCCCUCUGCGUCUCACCAUUGGUACGACUGGACUUCUCGACACCCUCGCCUUUGAUGAUGAUGCCAGCGCACUCGAAGAACUGCCCGAGGACUUUGUCGAAAUUGAGCCCAGAGCUUUUGGUGUCAACUUCCGCGACGUGAUGGUUGCGAUAGGUCAGCUGAAGUCUCGAGUCAUGGGGUACGACUGUUCGGGUGUUGUUACUCGAGUCGGUUCUGUUGCUGCUGCGAAUGGCUACAAACCUGGGGAUCGUGUCUCAGUGCUGCUCAGGGGACACUACGGGAGCCGUACCAGGAUUCACUGGACCAGUGCCGUUCACAUUCCUGAGGACAUGGGUUUUGAGACGGCUGCUUCGCUUCCCACUCAGUUUGUGGCCGCCUACGUUUCUCUCUAUGACAAUGCCAGACUUCAGAGAGGCGAGACUGUUCUCAUUCACUCGGCCACGGGAGGUGUUGGUCAGGCGGCUGUGAUGCUUGCCCAACGGGUUGGGGCCGAGGUUUUUGUCACAGUUGGCUCAGAGGAGAAGCGCAAGUUUGUUAUGGAGCACUUUGGUAUCCAUUCCGAUCACAUCUUUUCAAGCCGUGAUGUGUCUUUUGCCUCUGGUGUCAAGGAGAUGACCGGUGGCAAAGGAGUGGACGUGGUACUGAACUCGCUUGCUGGGACGUUACUGCAGGCAAGCUUCAACUGCCUUGCACCGUUUGGCCGAUUCGUCGAGAUUGGGAAAAAGGAUUUUGAGCUCAACAACAGUCUAGGAAUGGAAGCUUUCACGAGAGCGGUUUCCUUUUCCAGUGUCGAUGUCAUCGCACUGGGUGAGUGCAAACCAAUGGAAGCCAACCGGAUCAUGAAGGACAUUGUGCGAAUGGUUGCUGAGAAGGAGAUCAAUACAGUCUAUCCCAUCUCAGUCCUACCCCUUUCUGAUGUUGAGAAGGCUUUCCGCCUGAUGCAAGCUGGCAAACAUAUGGGAAAGAUUGUGCUGGCCGUCGAUGACGAGACCAUGGUUCCGGUUGUCCCGCGCAAGUUAAACGCUCGCCUUCGCACCGACGCUUCGUAUCUUGUGGUCGGUGGAUUUGGCGGUAUUGGGCGAUCAGUGUGUCACUGGCUUGCGGAACAUGGCGCCCAACACAUCGCCGUCAUGUCUCGCAGUGCAGAUAGCUUUGGAAAGGCAGAUCAGCUUCAGACCGAACUUAUCAGCGCUGUUGGUCACCAGGUCAAGGUCGUGGGACUUGGCUGCGACAUAUCCAACAUGAAGGAGCUCAACAGGGCGCUCGCAAAGUAUGCCAGGACAGGAGCACCACCCAUCAAGGGUGUCAUCCACGGGGGAAUGCAGCUUAAGGACUCUGUCCUGGACAACAUGACUCUUGGGGACCACAAUGCCGCCCUCCAUCCCAAGCUGCACGGCAGUUGGAACCUGCACCAGUACUUUUCUGGUGAGGGCGAUCUCGACUUUUACAUCAUGCUCUCCUCACUUGUCGGCGUUGUUGGCUUCGCCAGUCAGUCCAACUACUCAGCUGGUGGCACCUUCCAGGAUGCACUUGCUCAGCAUCGAGUGGCGCGUGGUCUACCAGCGGUUUCCAUCGAUCUAGGCAUUGUCAAGUCUGUGGGGUAUCUGGCGGAAGAACAAGAGUCUGCCAAAACCAUCGAAGCACUCCAGCGACAUGGCUUCACGGGUCUGCGCGAGAGCGAGAUCCUUGCUGCCAUCGACUCGGCGAUCUCGACCCCCCUUGCGGGAGCCCUCAUGCUCGGCAUCAACACUGGGCCAGCGGGACAGACAGAGGACUCUCCUCUGCGGCGGGACGCGCGCUUCUCGCAGCUUCGGUACCAGAAGACGGAACAGGAGGGCAGCCAGAUGUCCAACAAAUCUGGAUCUGGUGAUUUGGCGAGCAAGCUAGCAUCCGCCUCGACAUUCGACGAUGCAGCGGAGGCUGUGGUGGGCGGGAUUACCAAGAAGCUGGUGGACAUUUUCAUGAUCCCGGAGGACGAUAUCAUCCCCUCGAAGUCGUUGGCGGACUUUGGUGUGGAUUCUCUUGUUGCGGUGGAGCUCCGCAACAUGCUGUCCAUGAAGGCUGGGGCAGACCUGUCGAUCUUUGAUAUCAUGCAGAGCCCAUCUAUCACUGCUCUAGCGGGGGCGGUGGCAGCCAGGAGUAGUCAUGUCGAUACCGCCAUUCUGAGGGGUUGA